AGCGCAAACACGGACUUAAUACAGCGACGGACAUAAUAUGAGCAUGGCGUCGGCUAAUUUGUGCAAACUUCAUGGGCUCUUAUCGCGGGUUUCACGGGGCCCCAUACUGCGACAUGUACAAACGAGUUUGUUACCAGUUCGACAUAAUUCCAGUGACAGUGAACCUUCACCUAUUGGCUCAAGCUGUAACGUGGACAUCGGUGUGACUUCAGAUGGGAAAACAAUAGUGUGCUAUCAUCCCGCUGCCGACAUUCCUUAUGAAUUCACACAACCUAUCGAACGACCAGACCCUGUGACCGACACAGUUGAGACCCACGACCAGGUCUUAAAGGCCCAGCUUAGCAAGGAGGUGCUGAAGGGCAAGAAGGGGCCCACUAUCGAGGAGCUGAGCAAGAUGUUUUUCACCACCAAACACCGGUGGUAUCCAGUCGGAGAGUACCACAGGAGACGCGUAAAGAAGGAUCCACCAAAGGACAGAUAACUGAAGGCCAGAAUUACAAACCUGCAAAUGUUUAUGUUAUUGUCACAAGGAUGUAUAAUAAACUGUUAAAUAUUGA